AUGACUUCGAAGGUCGCCGCCCAUGGUAGGGGCCACCUCGUUCAUAGCCAUGCGCACGAGGAAGGCGUCCCAGGGACUGUAAAUCUCCAAGCUGCUGAGGGCGACGAUACGGUCUAUGGCAUGGCCCUCUUCCCAGUUCCUGCCGAGGACCCAAAUGACCCUUUGCAGUGGUCCAACUUCAAGAAGACAAUGAUCCUCAUAAUUUGCUCAUUUUACUCUUUUCUCGCCAAUGCGUCCGUCAUUGGGCCAUCACCGUACCUCGACCUCUGGGCUGAAGAGUUUGAUAUCUCGCCCGCCGUGGCAUCUGAGCUGAUAUCUUACCCUAACCUCGCCUUUGGAUUUGGCUCUUUAAUUUUCGUGCCCAUGUACUUGAAGUAUGGCCGGCGACCAGUCAUGCUGUUCUCUCUUAUUACAUUCGCAGCUGGUCUAAUAGGGGCGUCACAAUGUACCUCAUUCAGUGGCCUAAUGGCAGCCCGUGUAGUCCACUGCUUUGUAUGCGAAGCAUUACCGGUACAGUUAGUCAAUGAUAUAUUCUUCUUACACGAAAGGGGCAAGCGCAUUGGGUACUAUACAGUCUGUCUAUGUCUCGGUACUUUUGCCUCAUUACCCGCUGGAUAUAUGCUCUCCGGCGGUCACAGCUGGAGGCUUUUCUUCUAUGUGGAGUUUGCGUUCGCCAUAGCACUGCUCAUACUAGCAUUUUUCUUCGUCGAAGAGACGUCCUAUAACCGCCAAGCCCACGCUGCGCCUUCCACACCACCGAACGAGCUAGAAAAGGAGGGUGUCCAUGAAGUCGAAAAGGGAACUCAACAGGCUGACCUUAUUGUUCCAUCGCGUAAAAGCUUCCUGGAAACAUUAAGUCUGCGGGGAAGAGUUGAUUCUAACGUCCCAUUCUUUACGACAAUGAUUCGUUCAUUCACUUACUUCCUUGUUCCCCAAUCACUCUGGGUCAUUACCACGUUUGGAAUCAAUGGAAUAAUUGGCUUAUCGGCACUGUCCCUUUCUUACACUUUCCCGAUCUUAAUUACAUCGCCGCCUUACAACUGGACAGUGACCAACUCGGGACUCUUUGCCAUUGCCGCUGUGGUGGGUUACGGACUUGCUGUUCCUUUUACCUCGUCAUCAGACAGGCUUGCGGCUUUCUUUACAAAGCGUAAUAAUGGAAUCCGGGAGGCCGAAAUGCGCUUGGGAGUCAUGGUAGUUCCGAUGAUCGUAGGGCCUGCAGGAAUUGUCCUGUAUGGAUUAACGGCAGAGCGAGGCCUACAUUGGAUAUGCUUCUUUAUUGGAGGGGCCAUGAAUUACUGGGCCGCUUACUUUUACUUCUCCUUUACGCUUGCAUAUGCAGUUGACUCCUAUUACGCUAACACGUCUGAGAUGCUCAUCGCGAUGAACAUCGGGAAGCAAAUUAUCUCCUUUGGGUUUGGCCUAAAAGUACUGACUUGGGUAUUGGAAUCUGGGUAUGGUGUUGUCAUGUCCGGGAUCUUUGCCGGUGUGCUGUUAGCUAACAACCUCGUACUCAUAAUCUUCAUGGUAUGGGGAAAGAGAAUUAGAAUAUUUUUGUCACAGACUUGGCUUGCAAGGUUUCAUUUUCGGAGUAUUCGGGAGGUUACCACGCAUUAG